AUGGCCUGAAGUAGGCUCCUCGUGCUUGGUAUAGCCGGAUGGCCAGUUACUUGCUGUCUAUUGGGUUUGUUGAAGCCAAGUCAGACACCUCGCUCUUCGUCUACCAGUGUGGAUCAGACACAGCCUAUCUGUUGCUGUAUGUUGAUGACAUUGUCCUCACAGCUUCAUCGACCGAUCUUCUCCGGCGGAUCAUCUCAGCACUGCAGCGAGAAUUCGCCAUGAAAGACCUUGGUGAACUACAUCACUUCCUCGGCAUGCAUGUUCAGCGAAGUGGUGAUGGACUUCUACUCUCACAACGACAGUACAUGUUGGAUAUUUUAGAUCGCGCCAGAAUGGCUGAGUGCAAACCAUGCUCUACUCCAGUUGACACCAAUCCUAAGGUUGCUGCAGCUGAGGAGGCCCCUGUGUCUGAUGUUACAGACUUCCGCAGUCUUGUUGGAGCUCUUCAAUACUUGACCUUCACCCGUCCAGACAUUGCGUAUGCUGUUCAGCAGGUCUGCCUUCAUAUGCACGACCCCCGGGAGCCUCACCUUGCUGCCCUGAAGCGGAUUCUUCGCUAUGUUCGAGGCACUCUUCACCUUGGUCUCAUGCUGCGACCGUCUACUUCGACUGAUCUUGUCGUCUACACCGAUGCUGAUUGGGCUGGUUGUCCGGACACUCGCAAGUCCACCUCGGGCUAUAUGCCGUGUUCCUUGGCGACAAUCUUGUCUCCUGGUCCUCCAAGCGCCAGAACACGGUAUCAAGAUCCAGUGCUGAAGCCGAGUAUCGCGCGGUGGCCAAUGGAGUUGCAGAGGCUACCUGGUUGCGCCAGCUCCUUCUCGAGUUGCAUGCCCCUCUUCGGCGCGCCACACUGGUGUAUUGUGACAACAUUAGUGCUGUCUACAUGACCUCCAACCCGAUUCAGCAUCAG